AUGACAGCAAAUUACAUUAGAACUAACCAGACUGCGAGACAAGGGACUUAUUGACAUAUUUGGAAAAGAAUGACAGAAAUCCUUAGCUACACCGCUUGCAGACAGUUAUCUCAGAUGUUCCUUGCAAUAAUCUUCUUUCACGGUUCUGAAUAUUUUCUAGCAGUUAUGAUUCAUGGGAGAUCGCGUGUGUCGCUGAAGUCCCUUUUGGUUAGCAAACACUAUCUUUUGGCAAUGAUGUUUUCAUUGCUGGAAUACUGUAUUGAAGUUGUUUUAUUUCCUGAGCUAAAGGAACACUGGGUCAUCAGUGACUUGGGCCUAGCGCUCGUUGUGAUUGGGGAAAUUAUGAGAAAGAUGUCAAUUCUAACUGCAGGGAAGUCCUUCACUCAUCUUAUAAGGGUUGAUCAUGAUGAGAAUCACCAUCUGAUCACUCAUGGUAUUUAUAGAUUUAUUCGUCAUCCGGGAUAUUGCGGUUUCUUCAUUUGGUCUGUUGGCACACAAAUAAUGCUCUUCAAUCCCAUAUCAACUAUUGGAUUUGCAGUUGUUGUCGGGAACUUUUUUGCUAAGCGAAUACCGUAUGAGGAAUACUUUUUGAGACAGUUCUUUGGAACGCAGUAUGAGGAAUACGCCCGAAAAGUUGUUUCUGGUGUGCCAUUUGUAAAUUGA